CCCACCACCCACCACCCACCGCCAUGAGCGAGCAACGACAGAGCCAUCAGGAGGAGAGUUUGCAGGGAUCCUGGGUCGAGUUGCACUACAGCAGCAACGGUAACAAUGGGAGCAGUACACAGAACGGAGGGCAUGAGCAGAUCCCAGCAUCCACCUCGAUCCUGAAUGGUGAAAUGGAAAAGAUACUGCUUGAUGCACAGCAUGAAUCAGGACGAACUAGCUCCAGAGGAAGCUCUCACUGUGACAGCCCUCCCCGCUCCUUGACUCCUCAACAACCUUGUCGUGGUUCAGAUGUGGACGUGCAGAGCAAUGGAGAAAAAAACAGUUCGCAAUCUGAAGAAGAUUAUCUUGAGAGAAGACGAGAAGUUGAAAACAUGAUGAAGAAAAAUGCUGACUGGAUAUGGGAUUGGUCAAGCAGACCUGAAAACAUCCCCCCUAAGGAAUUCCAGUUUAAACACCGUAAACGUUCUGCCACUUUGAGUAUAAGGAAUACAGGAGUCAUGAAGAAAGGUGGUAUUUUCUCAGCUGAAUUUCUGAAAGUCUUUCUGCCGUCCCUUCUUAUCUCCCACAUACUGGCUGUGGGUUUGGGAAUUUAUAUAGGCAGACGCAUUAGCACCCCAUCUAGUACUGUCUGAAGGAACGUCGUUGGACACAUACAGGUACAGCAUUCAGCGGGUCCUGUGAAGAAUUCUUUGAGAGGCAGCCACAGGCUAUAGUAUUGGUCUAUAUUCCGGUAGAUGCUGUUUUAUUGUUUAAUUAUAACACUAGAGAGUAUGUCAUAGUUGUUCACCUGCUGCCUCCUUGAAAAAUGUAUUGAAUAAACUCAAAAACAUUUGCAUGUAGCACAGCCCUGAGGCAGAACAGGAUUUGAUUUCACAGAAAUCUUUUCAUAAAGGAAUGAACUGUGGUGCUGUGGAUUUAAUAUUCCUAAUGUAUAAUAUAAAAGCUGACCUGUUUGAUUUAAGAGCCAGCAGUAUAGCAUAUUUUCACAAUAUCUCAAAAGUAUUGUAGAAGGUGGACAAACUUAAUUCAUUUUAAUUAAUGGAUUUGUGUGCACUGCUCACAUUGGUUUAUAAAACUAACAAAUUAACUGCUAAAUAAAAAUGUGAUUGUUUGAGAUUUGUAUUUGCUACCAAAGCAAAAAUACACAAAAUUAUGAAUAGCAAGAAUCAACAAAGCAAGAAGUGUAUUGUUUAUUUUGUCAUUGCUAAUGUGACAAUAGUCAAAUAUGUACAACCAAAGGUUUAUGUGAUUAAACGAAUAACAUUGUAAUCUUGUUCAGAAUUCAGUACCACAGAUUUGAGUUUUUACAUCUCUUAUGGAAAUGUUAUAAAACAGAGCAUGAUAGAUGUUUUUGAGAAAGAUAACUUUUUUAAAGGGAGAAGAAUGGCUUUUAAAUCAAUUUCCCCUACAAAACAAUCUGUAACUAACAAUUGCAAAGGUUUUGCUUCCAGAUUUAUAAAUAUUGAGAAUUGCACUGCCUUAAGCAUAAGUCAGAUUUCAAUAUGCAGAACAUGCAUAAUAUGCACUUUUCCGUGACUGCACUGGAUUUCAAUGAUGAACUGUCUCCGUGAUAAACCACAAGAAAGCAAUACAUCCAAGACUUGACUGCAUUUGUUUUAAUGUACUUGAUUAUAUAUGAAUAUUUAAAAAUAAAUUAGCCCAAUUUAUGUGUACCUUAUAUUGCUGAAAUGCUUGUUUAGAAAUGGUCUUCAUCUAAGAAGCCAAGUUAGAACAGAUGUUUCAUGCAGUUGUUAAAAGUCUGAGAGCCGACUUGUGUAAUAGUGUCAAAUUUUGCUGUAUGCUUCGUGUUUGCAAUCAGAAUCAAACUGUUUAAUUUGUUUUGAAAAUCUGUGAAGUAAAAAUUAAAGUCUUGUAUUAUCAUUAAAUUCCAUAUGGUGGAUCCUCUUGAUGUUCUUAAUCAUUAUCUAUGCAUUACGUUCUAGGUGUGCUAUAGGAACUUUAAAAUAAAUGCUGUACAUACAGUCUUUAUAAUCUA